AUGUCUGCAAAAAACAGCUGGAAAUGGAAUGCGUUUGUGGAAAUAGGAAACACCAUACACAAGAUGACAGCAGUAUUGCGUACAUACAAAUCAAAGUAUGCUAUCAUGACUGUCAACGGAUUGAUUGAAAACAACUUUAUAUCCAACUUGCUCAUCAACAACCAACAACUCUGCAAGAUCCUUCUUGCCAAUAUCACAGUAUCUGGAUGGAAAUACGGAACCGAUUCAAACUGCUGUCAAUCAAUACUGUCAUUCAACACUACAAGGCUGACAUUGACAAGUUAUUUGACAUCUCAUUAUCUCCAAAGAAAAACGGAAUCCAGACCAGAUUCGCUUGGAAUGUCAACAACGGAACUGACUGUUUGUUGCUACAUCAAGACUCGUCAGUACAGACCCACACAAUACAAUUCAAAAGAUUACAUUAAAACAGACAUUAUGGACAAAUUCUACAAAGGAAAUGGAUCGCUACUGCGCAAAGAAGGUGUGUUUAAACAAUCCUAUCGGCCCGUCAAUGCUGUCCUGUCCACUUCUGGAUAUCUGCAUACUCUGCCACCACUUUCAUCAACACCCAUAGGAGCUACGCAUUCUGACACUUCAUCUGCAGGCGGUCCAUUCUCUCCUACUGGCAACAAACCGGACUUUUCGGCUGAUUCCAUACUUGAAAUGCCUGAGCUGACGCUUGAUUUGGCAGAAUACACCUUGCUUCCACUUAAUCUUGGCGAUAAAGAUCCCAAAGACAUUGUUUUUGUUGGGAAAAACUCGGGUGUGUUUGGACGAGAUAUCAAACACAAAUUCAAGGGGAAAACCAUGGUUGAAAGUGCGGAUUGGUGGACUGCAAUCAAUGAACAUAUGAAACAGAUGGAAACACGGACUUUGGUUGGAACACCCACUACACAGCACUCAAAACCAGCUUUUGCUGGUACUGCUCCUUUACCAAAAGAAGGUGCAGAUGGAUCGACUGGACUUUCUCAACGCGCUGCUGCAUCUGUAGCUACUGCGAAUGCUCCGUCAACGUCACUUCAAGCUCGAUUGGGAGCCGUUGUAAGUCAUAGCAAAUCCGAUACGAUUCAUGCUACUUCUGGUACACGACCAGUGAGUAUGCCUGCACCACCUCUACCUGGUCGACCCAAAAGUACUAUUGUACCUACAUUGAGACCCAAAUCUGGAUCGCUUAUCGACGAAUCAUUUGAUGAUUUGCCUAGUAGGAGAGAUUCGUUAUCACCUCCGAUUUCUUUUACAACUACUUCAAAUGAUCAAAUUCCUACACCUGCUCAUGUAGCUGAUUUUGCUUCAUUUCCACCUCCCGACACGAAUGACAAGACCGAGGUGGGCAAUGUAUCUGCUUUAUCAUUAAGUGAGCAAAUGGAAAUGAAAUUAAGCCAUGCUACAAGUGGUGGUCAUUCUCAUGAUGAUCCGGUUGAACUGGACACGCCAUCACCCAAAGCAAAACUAGCUAGUCUAUCUACCGGAACUAGCAAUCCAUGGGACACAUUUCAAGACGAAUCGGGUGGUUGGUAA